AUGGCCAGCCAGAAUGGUAUACAAUCUCGUCGCUCCUUAGGGAAACAGCGGGAUAUUAAGGCGAGAGACGCGCCCGUGUCUUCGCUUAUCCCAAGUCAUCUUGCAUCCCAUUUGGCCGCCGGCACGAGCCGCGAGCAUUGCAUUGAUCGCGAAACUUUUUCACAACUACGUCGAGAAAUACUUGGCCAGAGCGAAAAUAAUGAAACAAUUAUCAAUAGUAAUACCAAUGAUAUCUACAAUCUUAUAUGCGUGGUAGUCAAGGCCGGGCUUGAACAGCCUUUGAAACCUCAAGACGUUCGAGCGGCAGGGGAUGAUCUGAUAGGCCAGACUCUCGAUUGCCUAGAUAUCAUCCGCCUUGCAAUACAGAGAGCACCGGCUGUUCUUAAUGAGAACUCAAAACCAGAUAUUCUUGGAGAAUAUACUCCACAAUCGCCACUAUUUGUGUGGCUCCUGUCGCCCCUUUUGACACUUCUUUGCUCUCGGGACGAGAAAAGUAUACAGGACAAAGUCUGCCAGAUCGUCUCGACAAUAUAUGGUGCCCAAUUUAAAGUCAUUCAACUUUGGUAUUCAGUGAAGUCUAUAUCUCGAUUUCUUCAAGCCUGGAUUGGUGAUAAACUAGGGCUUCCACGAACUUGUUGCGGUAGAAGUGAGCUAGGAAGCCCACAGGCUGUUGCUAAAGUUUGCCUUAAACUUAUCGAGGCUAUUACGUGUCCGAUUGAACUUUCAUUAUCUGAUCCAAAAGCAUCUUUAUUACGAGAAAGCUUUAACUAUGGUCUGCACCUUGCAGUAAGACUAUGGAAAACAGUCUUUGAAUGGCUGGAAAUAAAAGCAGUCCUUGUAGAUGAGCCAGGCCUGGCCAGCUUCUUGGUUGAAUUUGUAUCAAUUUCCAGGAAACUAUGCUCAUAUUCGACCAAGCUAAGCUCACACAUUGAUCAGAAGGUGUUUCAGCUAUUAUUUCAAUGUGUCGUUGACUUGCUAGCGUCUGGGCCAUUGAAGAGGAACCUUGAGUUGCAGCAAAUCCUGGCUGAAUUCCUUAUGGAAGUAAUUCGGCUAGGCCAGUCGUUUGCGGGUGUGGAGGACCUCAUUGAGGAGCUAUUUUUCUAUUCGUUAUCUGACCUCGCUGCUGAUACGGAGCUCUUCUCAGCUCUACACCAGUCACUUCAGCAUGUUGUACUUCGUGUGGUCGCCGGGGAACACCGUGCAAAGCUUGCAUCUAAAGUGGUUCGGCGCGUUGGGUUGUGUGAUAAAGACAGGGGUUCUACCUGUCGCUCACACGCCCUAGACAAAAAUGACACCCUUUUGUCUGGACCAUUUGACCAUUCCGCUGAUGAGAGAGCUCGCAAGAGACUUCGAUUAUCUGAUACCCAAGAUCCGAACGAUCCCUCUGACUUUCCGAGUAUCAUUUCUAAUACAAUUUAUAAUGCUCUCGGGGCCUUUCCAACAAAUGGAUUUGAGGAGUUGGAUGAAGAUGCACUGCAUGAUUUUGCGAAUUUAUCUCCUACCGAUAAAUGCAAUACGAUUGUAAAUUUGGGAAGGCUAGCAUGUGCCUGGACAAACAGCCUCAGUGGAGAAGAAUACAGUAAUGUCACAGGCCAGAUUCUUACGUGCACCGUGUGUGAUUGUGAGACAGGAGUGUGUUAUGCCGAAAAAUAUAUAUCUAACCCUCAGUUUGGGCAUUUGAGGAAGCUUAUUGCUAGGAUUCUUCCGAUGAUCCAAGAUUCAGGGAGUUGCAGAAUUUCUGCAAUGAUUGCUAUUCGAAAUAUUAUCAAUCAUGACCUGAAUAAUACUGAUGAUAGGCUAGAGGUAUCCCCGUUUGGAGAAUAUUGUCUUCAGUCCCUUAAAAGCUCUAUUAGAGAGCUACGUGUUGCUGCGGGGAUUUCCAAUGAUGAAGAGAUGAAUAUUGUGCUCCUUCGCCUACUUGAGUAUUUGGGCCAUGCCAACCCGUUCGUUAGUGGUAUAGCUUAUACAGAGAUAUCCAAAUUAGCUACUUUAUUGAGAUUGACUCCCGCUGCACUUUUUCGGCCAUUUUGGAGGACACUGUCUCUUUUAGUAAUCAAGAACUUCCAGGCUCGGCCGCAAAUGGCUGACCAAUUAUGUGAUUUACUUGGGAUGGAGGUUAACGGGUUUUUGCGUCUGACCACGAUUCAUACACUGCCAUACUUGGUCCUAACUAGGAAAAAGGACAUUAUCACACGCAUUGCUAUGACUCACGGCAAAAAGUCAGUUUCUGAAUUAAUCAAAACCCGAUCAAACCUUGCAUCAAUUCUCGCUCUUUUGCUGGUCCAGCCCCUUUCCAGCCCAGAGACAGCGAUUCCGUCUAUACUCCAAGAACUUACUGUCAAGUUCAACGAUCCCACACUUUCAAAGCUGGUUAGAUCUGAAUGUGUUCCAAUAACAUGCGAGCUACUUCGAGGUCUCGGUGGUUCUGGUGACGGGAAGGGCACGAAGUACUAUGACGCUCUUGAAUACAUUGCAUCAGUUACACCUCGACAAAAUGGUCAUGGAACGGCUGCAAAAUCGGAUAAUCUAGGCGUUUUUAUUGAAGAGCAUGUCCUCGGGGUGGUAACAGAAUUUGUCCAUGUUAUCAACGACUUCCAGAUUUUACAACCCAUCCCAGAGAAGAAACGGGAUAUCGUCGCUAUGGGGGAAAUGAUUAAAAUUGCAAAGGGCAAUAUUGGCAUUGCAUUGCCACAGAUUUGCGCCUGCUUGCGGUCUGCUCUAGAUACGGACGAGCUUCGCGACCAUGCAUUUGCUACUUGGAAUAUAAUGAUACUUGCUCUUAAUGAUGCUGACCUUGAGCCCUUGGUUGAUCAAACCUUUGCCAUUAUUCUCAAAUAUUGGCCCGUUUUGACUAAUGAGAGUAGAAAAAGGGAAGUAGAGCUCGUGGAUUAUAUUCUAAACGACCACGGAGAGACCGUUGCUGCUGUCUCUGAGAUCCUUCCAUCCUUAGCAUCAAUACCCGAACUUUUUGAACAAAAUAAAAUCAUAGAAAAGCUCAAGAAUGGAAUGGAUAUUAGAAGUACGUUCAUGGCAUUGUGCCGACGGUGUCAAAGUGAUAAUUUUGCAGUCGUCGAGCGGGCCAUGCUUGAGCUCUUGCCAAAUAUUAUCAAACAUGAAGAGUUCAUACACGGUUCUGUUUUUAGCGAACAGCCGGACAAGAGUCUUGUCGGAAAGAUAACAAGAACCCUAUUGGAUUGCUGCGUCAAGUAUAACCCAAGCUCCCCAAUCAUUGUCUCACUCGCUGCGCAGUGUCUAGGCCUCAUAGGAUGCCUUGACCCUAAUCGCAUAGAGUCAGUCAAGGAGAAGAAGGAUAUAGUUGUUCUAUCCAACUUUGAGAGGUCCGAUGAAACCCUCGACUUCAUUAUAUUUUGCCUGCAAAAUAUUCUUGUUGAUGCCUUUUUGGCAGCAUCUAAUAGUCGAACCCAGGGCUUCCUUGCAUAUGCGAUGCAGGCGCUCUUGACUACUGGCAAUUUGAGUACCGCUAUUCCCCCUAGGUCCCAGGAUCCCCAAUCCAGUGACUUAUAUCGCCGUUGGUUAGACCUCCCUGAACUAUCUCGAAAUACAUUAACUCCAUUUCUCAACUCCAAGUACUCUGUCACAAUUGGUGCUAUCAGUACAUCAUGUUGCUAUCCCUUAUUUACCCCCUCAUUGAAUCACUCCGAGUGGCUAAGAACCUUCGUCCUUGAUAUGCUUCAAAAAGGAAAAAGCACGAAUAUCCAAAUCAUCUUUAGUGUCUUUAGCCGCAUUAUCCGGACCCAGGAAAAAUCCAUUUCUGUCUUCUUGCUCCCAUUUGCUGCGCUUAACGUUGCAGUUAGUGCCAUCGAGGAAGAGCGAGAACAUUUAAAAGGCGAGCUUACCAAUAUACUGGAAUGCCCCUUACCAGAACACAAGGGACCUGAGAGAGAGAACUUGAUUUUAUUCAGUGAGAGCGUGUUUACCGUUUUAGACUAUUUAUCCCGUUGGCUACAUGGAAAGAAAAAGGAGUACACCAGUAUUACUUCUAUUGGGAACCAUGCAAGUCGUAGCCAAAAAGAGACUCUUGCAGAAUCCGCUGCGCAAAUAAAGAGGGUAGAGCACCUUUUAUCCUGCAUACCAGCUGAAAUAAUUUCAAAACGAGCGGUCGAAUGUAAGUCAUACGCCAGAGCACUCUUCCAUUGGGAGCAGUAUAUACGGCAGCAAAGAGCACGACCAGAGACAGAUGCAACGCAACUCGAAUCGCUUUACCAAAGACUGCAAGAUAUAUACACUCAGAUCGAUGAACCAGACGGAAUUGAAGGCAUAUCAUCUCAUUUGCAUGUGCUAGAUCUCGACCAACAAAUACUUGAACACCGAAACUCAGGCCGAUGGACCGCCGCUCAGAGCUGGUAUGAGUUGCAAUUGAAUAAGUCACCUAAGGAUAUUGAUGCUCAACUAAAUCUAUUGACGUGCCUGAAGGAAUCUGGACAGCAUGGCGUACUUCUUAACCAGUUUGACUCAUUAAAGAAAAAUGAGGCGAUAGUACCUAAGAUGCUUCCUUUUGCAAUUGAAUCCUCAUGGGUGACAGGCAAAUGGGAAAAGCUAGAAAAACUUACAUUAGGCCGUCGGGACGAUAUCACAACUGACUUCAAUAUUGGCGUCGGUGCAAGCCUUAUUGCAUUUCGCCAGGGAAAAAUGGACGAUUUAGUAAAAAUAAUUGAAGAGCUCCGGAUGAAUAUUGCAACAGGCUUCACUCCGAAUUCCGUGGCGACAUUCCAGGCCAGCCAUGAUUCUACCCUUAAGUUGCAUAUCCUUAGUGAGAUAGAGUUGCUGACCUCGGGUACCUACGAUACCUCUUCUACUCCACGGAAUGAAAUUUUCAGCAUCUUAGACCGUCGUUUAGAAAUGUUAGGCGGCUGUAUUUCGGAGAAACAGUACGUGCUUGGAAUCAGACAGGCGGUAAUGGAUUUGUCCCCUGCAUACAACGAGCUAGAGAUUGCAUCUGUAUGGCAGCGGAUUGCCCGGCUGGCGCGGAAAGCAAACUGGAAAGAUCAAGCUUUCAAUGCUGUUCUACAUUCAGCUCAGCUCAACGACAAAUCAUCUACAAUCGAAUAUGCAAGGCUACUAUGGAAAGAAGGACUCCAUCGAAAGGCAAUACAGACCCUGGAAGGGGCUAUUUCCGCCAAUGCCUUUGGCCCAUAUGGCCAUGCUGAUGCUGGUGAUCAUAUCCCUUCUGUUCCCGUGAAAGGCUACGAACAGAACAUAUUAAUGGCUAGGGCACACCUUCUUCUCGCGAAAUGGAUGGACAGUGCCGGGCAGACACAGUCGGAUGUAAUUGUCUCUAGGUAUCGUCAAGCUAUCAAUUACCAUGCUAAGUGGGAAAAGGCUCAUUAUUACCUGGGAAAACAUUAUACUAAGAUAUUGGACUCCGAAAAGUCCAAACCUCUGGGUAAAGAGGGACAAAAAUAUCUCAGUGGUGAAGCCUCAAAAUUGGUUAUCAACAGCUAUCUUAGGUCUCUCACAUUUGGGAAUAAAUAUGUUUUUCAAUCACUGCCCAAGGUUCUAACGCUAUGGCUGGAGCAUGCCGCAGCCGUAGACCAGCCAUUCGAUCCAAAACGAGGUGAUAAUGACUGCGAGCUUUUCACAAUUUUGCCCCAAGUGGUGGCCCGUAUAUGCCAGUCAAAUACCACAGUUUACAAUGUGCUUACGUUGAUGAUUGUGAAGACAGUUGCGGCAUUUCCCCAGCAAGGGCUAUGGACUGUGCUUGCAGUACUGAAAUCUUCUUCAAAAGACCGCGCUUCUCGUGGUAUUGCCAUUCUCCAAAAGAUAACAGAGUCGGCUAGAAAAUCUAAAACAGAGCAUCCUGCAGGAGAUAUUCGGUCUAUUAUUAACCAGGGACAGAAGUUUUCAGAAGAGCUCCUGGGGCUUUGUCUUGCCCGUAUAGAGGAGAAAACUCUAAAAGUCAGCUUAUCUCAUAACUUACAUUUCAACCAUAGGGCGGCGCCGUGCAGGUUAGCAAUUCCUCUAGAGGCUACCUUGACUCCGACGUUGCCCUCGAGCCAUGAACCUCAAUUUCUCAAAACCUUUCUUGCUUUUCCCACUGACACAAUAACCAUUGAGAGUGUCUUGGAUGAAGCCCUUAUCCUAAACUCUCUGCAGAAGCCGCGGAAGAUAAGUUUACGCGGAUCAGAUGGGAAGGUCUACAGUCUCCUUUGUAAACCGAAGGAUGACCUUCGUAAAGACCAGCGCUUGAUGGAGUUUAAUAGCAUGAUUAAUCGAUUUCUCAUGAGGGAUCUCGAAGCAAACAAACGCCGUUUAUAUAUCAAAACAUACGCAGUCACUCCGUUGAAUGAAGAAUGCGGUCUAAUCGAAUGGGUCGACAAUCUCAGAACUCUCAGAGAACUCGUUAUUAAACUUCUCAAGGAACGAGGUGUGAAUCCAAAUGUACAUGAAUUUUUACUCCAAGGAACCAGCCCUAUCUAUUCCACAACAGAGGCUGAUAUAAAACCAAAUAGAUACCCACCGGUCUUACAUGAAUGGUUUGUUGAAAUGUUCCCCGAGCCUGCCACCUGGUUCGCGGCCCGCCUAAAAUACACACGAUCCAGCGCUGUGAUGUCUAUGGUUGGGUAUUCACUUGGACAUGGCGAGAAUAUUCUAUUCGAAGAAGGGACUGGAGGAAUUCUCCAUGUUGACUUCAACUGUCUUUUCGAUAAGGGAUUGACAUUUGAUAAACCCGAACUGGUCCCAUUCCGGCUAACACACAACAUGAUUGAUGCAUAUGGAGCAUAUGGAUAUAAUGGUCCUUUCCGCAAGACUUGCGAGCUUACGUUGAAUCUCCUUCGGCAGAACGAGGACUCCCUCAUGACUAUUCUUGAGACUUUCUUACAUGACCCAACCACGGACUUCAUUGGAAAGAAGCAGAAACGGUAUAACCCACGCGUUCCAGAUACACCCGAGGGCGUUCUUGAACUCGUCCGCAACAAGCUCCGUGGGCUUCUCCCUGGCGAAUCCGUCCCGUUGUCAGUGGGCGGACAUGUUGAUGAACUAAUUUUACAGGCAACCCGAACAAAGAAUCUCGCAGCAAUACAGAUGAGUAUAACUGUGAAGUUUUCUGUUUCUUCCUACCACCACCGCAGCGCCAAAUUGAGGAGUGAGGAAACAACCGCAACAGAAAGUGUGUUCACAGGCGAUCCUGGUUUCAUUUUUGUUGGAAGCAGGAGCUUACUAUCCCAUUGCCAAUAUUAUACACGGGUAUCGGAACGGAAAUUCAGCAAGAAGAAAUCGCCUGGAGUUCUUGGAAGUUCAUUUUUGGUUCAACAUUUCCUGACAGAGCUCCUGAGAAGAUGGAAGGCUCUUAGGUCUAAUACAGGGUAA